AUGGGGGAUCUCUACAACAAGAUGGUUUCCCUGGGGUGGAAUAAGCCCUGCUGGGGUUCGCGUCACAUUCUUAUGAUCCUGGACUUCAACCCGAGGCCAAUCCGGAGAGGUGCUACCAGCAAGACUGAAGAUACUCAUCAAAUCUUGGUAUGUGUCGAUGAGGCCUGCUGGCAAGUUCCGCAUCAAGGAGUCGUGGUUAACUCGAGUCUACCAUUUCGAGCAUUUGUUGGCAAAGGUUUUCGACGAGAUUCGUACUAUCGUUUCGAUGGGAGCAUUGUAGUGGGUCGAACGCUUGGAAUGGAGACCUCUUACUCGUUUCUUCCACUGAUGGAAGACCAAGAAGAGGAAUCUGAAGAAAUAUCAACCGGAAAAGCAUGA